GGACUAUCAGACACAUUCAUUACAAGUAACACGAUUCAUCAAAACUGCGAAUUAAAUGAAUAUGGUAAAGAGUAUAGUACCCUCCCUCCCGUCCUCGCAUCUCAUUAGCUGAGUCCCGUCGUAGCUAUAGGUGAAGCUGCCUCUCUCUGCCAUACUGAAGCAGGUGUCCAACAUGGCGAACACUGGCAGCGGCUCUCUCGCGACUAUUCUCUUUUUAUUCGUGUUUCAAGCGGCUCUUCUUAAAGGAGCUGCACAGGAACCAGUGGUGAGUCAGAACCUGGUGACAGACAAUGUGUCGGUGGUGGAAGGCGAGAUGGCGAUCAUCAGCUGCCGGGUGAAGAACAACGAUGACUCUGUUAUCCAGCUGCUCAACCCCAACAGACAGACGAUUUACUUCAGAGACAUGAGACCACUGAAAGACGCACGCUUUCAGCUGGUGAACUUCUCAGACAACGAGCUGCGGGUGUCGCUGUCGAAUGUCUCGCUGUCAGACGAGGGUCGAUAUGUUUGCCAGCUCUACACGGACCCCCCACAGGAAGCCUACGCUGACAUCACCGUGCUAAUUCCUCCAGGUAACCCCAUCAUCGAGGCCCGGGAUGAGGUCCUGAGCGAGGGCAAUGAGACAGAGAUGACCUGCACUGCCAUGAGCAGUAAGCCUGCCGCCACCAUCAGAUGGAUGAAGGGAGAUAAAGAGCUUCCAGGCAAGCCUAAAGUUGAGCUGACCUACGACAAGAUGUACACAGUAACCAGCCGGCUGACGUUCACUGUUAGUAAGGAUGAUGAUGGAGUAGCAGUGGCUUGCAUCGUAGACCACCCUGCAGUCAAGGACUUCCAAGCACAGAAAUACCUGGAGGUGCAGUACAAACCGGAGGUAAAGAUCGUGGUAGAAUUUCCUCAGGGACUGACCAGAGAAGGAGAGAAUCUGGAACUGACGUGUCAGGCCAAAGGCAAACCCCAGCCACAGCGGGUGAACUGGGUGAAGGUGGAUGACGAUGUGCCAUCCCAUGCCGUCAUCACCGGCGGCGAUCUUUACAUUGAAAACCUAAACAAGUCCUACAAUGGAACCUACCGCUGUGUGGCCUCCAACGCAGUGGGGGAGUCUUUCGAUGAUUACAUCCUCUACGUCUAUGAUGCUCCCACCACUACCCCUAUACCCACCACUGCCACAAACACCACCACCACCAUCACCACCACCAUCUCCUACCCCGAAGCCAAUCAAGACACUGCGCCCAGCACUGAACCUGCAGCUCAUGAUUCACGGGCUGGAGAGGGAGCACCCAGAACGGUGGACCAUGCAGUGAUUGGAGGAGUGGUGGCUGUGGUCGUCUUCGCCAUGCUCUGUUUACUCAUCGUCUUGGGACGCUACUUCGCAAGACACAAAGGUACCUACUUCACACACGAAGCCAAAGGAGCAGACGACGCAGCAGACGCAGAUACAGCCAUCAUCAACGCAGAGGGUGGCCACACCAACUCGGACGAAAAGAAAGAGUACUACAUCUAAUCAAAGCAGGACCCCUCACUCCAGUGUCCUCUUUGGGACACCGAGCUGUUUUUGGGGCCGGGGCAGGGGGAUGGGGGGGCAGAUUGAGGGAUUACAGUUGGUUCAGGAUCACUUUUAGUGAGAGUAGAGGGGUCGAGGAGUAGAAGACAACUGGGGUUUUAAAGAAAGGCCUGGUUUUAAGCCGUUGUUUAGUCUAGUCUGCAGAUGUAGAUGGAAUGUUUUGUGUGUAAAAAAAAUUAAAAAUCAAAA